AUGUUCGAGAAACUUAGUUCUCACUCUAACAACAAAGACGAGGCGUCAAAAAGUCUCUGGAUCUUUGGUUAUGGCUCUUUGAUUUGGAAACCUGAUUUUCCUUUCGAAUAUUGCGUAGUCGGUCACAUCGAAGGAUUUACCCGGAGAUUUUGGCAGGGAAGCACUUGGCAUCGCGGCGAUACGAAGCAGGUAAAGUGUUUUCAUCGACAAUUCUUCCCCUUGGUUUUGUGGUUGAAAUCACUUGUCUUAAAAUACGCGUUGUUUUUCUUUUGUAGCCAGGGCGAGUGGUCACUUUGGUUGAGGAUAAGCAGGUAUGCUAUGACUUCCAGUUGUUAAACACGUAUACAGGAUGUCAUCUUUUUUAAGGUUUUAAAACUCUAUGUUAUUUUCUCCACAAAAGUGACUAACUGAGUAGUUUUAUUCUGAAGUCAUAACGCAAGAAAAGCGAGCGUAUUUUGCUGAACCGAGAUCGAACGUACUUAUUCUUCUGAUCCUGUUGUCACACAGUGCUGAAUUGAAACUACGGUACAGCCGUCACUGAUCCCGUAACUAACUGAUCUCUCGGUGCUCCCGAGAGAUAGUGUGUUCGACCCAAAAUCAGGCUAACAAAAAAACCUUUAUUAGUGUAGCAGAAUUUCAUGCUCACAAAGGUUAAGUGUUCCCUUAUGUACCUUUUUACCAUCGAUGUCAGUCAGUUUCGUCAAUCUUAAGAUUGAAAACUUUAAAUACGUAGUUUGUGGGCAGGUUGCCGUGAUCAAGGAGGUUUACACUUUAUUUGAAUACAUUUAUGUAUCGUCCUUUUGGACUAUCCUGCCAUAUGAUCUAUCUGCCAUCGUGUGCCAUUUUAAAACUGUACUUAGCUGUCGAAUAUAUUUUUGGAUAGACAAAAACAAGGUUUCUUUCUUACAUUGCUUCUCGCGGUUACUACGCAUAAUAUGUUGAAUGUUAUGUUUGUUGCGAACAAGUUUCCGUACGUAACAAAUCGAAAUUUAUUGUACUUUAUACCUUAGUACGUUAGUUGUAUCUAGCUCAUAGUAAAAAAAACUUGUUUAUCCUUAACAUGCAGGAAAUUGUAGUAUUUACGCAGAAAUAGUCCCUCACAACGCACAUUUGUGUCAUUUGCAUUCAAAACCAAUUAACUUUUAAAGGUGUUUUUCAGUCCAGAUACCGCAAUGACGAACUAAUUUUAAAAGUACUAAGCACCAUAGUCUAUUUAAAGUACUAUUUACUUAAAGCGUACUUUAAAAAGCCGUUUAUAGACUUAAUAUCCAGUGAAGCGAAUUUCAAAGUCCUUAAAUUAAGCUGGUCGACUGCGAAUUGGGUUCGAUUGUUGACAUUUCAAGAAACGUCGCUUGGCAUUACCCUGGCAUUAGAAGUCCGACACAAAUUUAACAAAACAUUAUCCCGUUCCUUCCAGUUGUGAUGAAAAAUUAAUUAUGUUUUUCUUAGAGAAAUACAACAAACACCCUGUGUCAGUUAAACCCAGAAGCAGUAGAAUUAUAUCUGUAGCCCUUUUUGUUAAGUUUGUUUUUCUUUCAUCGUUCAUUGUCUUCACUGAUGAAAAGCUAAGCUCCUACAGUACUUAUAUCUCGGACAAAAGCUCAAUAAUAACCUAGGAUUUCAUCCUCAUGAAGUACAUCAAUUAAAAUUUUUGUCUUUACCUUUUCUAUUCUUUGCAGGGACAAGUUUGGGGCAUGGCGUUUAAAGUGGCUAAAGAACACGUCGAACGCGCGAUGGGAAACCUUCAUGAACGCGAAAUCGCGGUCGGUGGAUAUGAGCUCCGUCGUUUGCGCUUCAAAUGUAACGAAACCCCUUCACAUAGCUUCCAUGUUUUGGUAUAUGCCGCUACGCCAAAAAAUUCGCUAUACUUGGGGCCGGCGACAACGGAAGAACUCGCUGUUCAAAUUGCAUCUGCCCGGGGGCAAUGCGGACUUAAUGUUGAGUAUCUUGUUCGACUGGCAGAUUUUAUGCGUGAAAAAGUGCCUCAUUAUCACGAGGAACAUUUAUUUGAACUGGAGAAAUUGGUCCGAAAAGAACUGGGUUUAUCCACAGAGAUUUCAUCAUCAUGGACUCAGCUAAGGUGCGCGCUCGUAUAG